AUGUGUGACCUCAGCGAAAUUGACAACGUUGAAGAGGAUAGGAUGGAAUAUAUCACUCCGUACGAUCAAUUGUGGCUGAAUGUGUUGAAUGACGCGCCAUUACAGUUGCCAUCUUUUGUUCAUGAAGAUAACAUACUCGAUUUUGAAGACGAAGACAAAUCCAAUGAGCAAUCAAAUACACCAGAAUCUUCUGCAAGUGUAAGUCCACUCCUUGCCACAAAGUUUCAAGAAAGCUGUAUCAAAAUUACUCCUUUCAAGUUAAAAGUAGAUACAAUCCAAGGGCCAAGGUUCUUAUGCACACGCAAGCAGAACAUUGAUAAUGAACAAUCUGAUUCGGACCAAAAGAAGGAUCAAGAUGAUUCUCCUUUGCCAAGGAAAAAAAGAUUCUCAAAAUCUGCUAAACAAAUUCUUAAUGAUUGGUUUGAAAAUAAUAUAAAAAAUCCAUAUCCGUCUAAGGAAGAAUUAGCUCAGCUUACUAAAGAAACAGGACUAAGUUUGAAGCAACUUCAUACUUAUUUUAUAAAUAAGAGAGUUCGCUGCAAACAAUCAUACAAGAAUUCAUGGAAGAAGGAAUGUCCCAAGAAGGAUUUAAUAAUAUCCUUGAAAACACUGGAAUUAAUUAACAUUGGAAAUAAAGCAUAG